UUUUCCCCAUAUAAACUAGUGUUACAGGCCACAGGAUAGCAGUCAAUCCAGACACUUCGAGAAGAAAACACAUAAGCUAUCAUGGAGAAUCAAACGAUCUAUCGCCACAAGAAGUUCGAUGUUGGUCGAAAUGUUGAGAAAGAGGAGCUGCUCCUCAAGGAAGAGCUAAUCUCCCGGAGCGGCACACCCUACACCAGUCGCAGUCCAUUCGACGUAGCGGAUCAGUCCAUCAGUCAGAGCUUCAGUGACCAAGACACCGAUUUUCUUCCUCUGCCAAAACGCCGUCGCUUGGGAUCCUCAUCCUCAAGCGUUUCUUACAAUUCGGCCAGCCCGAUCAUCACCGAAGCCAUCCAAGAUAUCUUCAAAUACCACGUCAAUAUGGUGCGAAAGUUUCCCAAGAAGGAGCGCUCGCCGAAGGAUCAGGAGCGCAGGAACAAGAACACCAUUGCCUGCCGGAUGAGUCGGCGGAAGAAGAAGUUCGAUGACCUCCAGGUCGAACAGCAGUACAAGGAGUGCUCCAGCGAGCACCUAAAGAUCGCCGAGCAGAGUCUUCGGGCCAGGGUCUAUCUGAAUCACCUCAAGGAGCUGGUCAAGCAGGAGGACCACCCGCAGCCCACUCCGAAAAACAACUUCAGCAUCGACUACCUGAUCGGUGGGAUUAAGCAGGAGCACGCUUAAAGA